AUGGAUAACGCGGAAUAUCGGGAACAGCUUCGACAAGCUCCUUGGUUGUUGUGGAGUCUUCUGGCCGUAAUACGUGCCUCAGUUCACCAGCAAUGCACAGAUUUAAAAUCUGUGGAACACUGUGUGUGUUCACUUCGUAACCUGUCCCAUGUGUUGCAUUAUUCGAGUUUGCCCGAAGGGGAAAAUACGAACAAAUCGGAUGAUGCCGGUGUUCAGUACAAAUCCAGCAUGUCAAGAUUUCGUUUGAGAAGUUCCAGUCAACGAGCCAAACGGAUAGCAGCCGAAGAAGGUGAGUCAAACUAG